CUUGCAGCGGCAGAGGCGAGAGUUAAAAUUGAGUGUGACUCGGUGCAUUACGUGGCCGGCGGGGCGCGGGGCACGAGGCGAGAGAUCGGGGCGCUGCGCUGCGGCUUCGGAACGGUGUUACAAGACGAGCUGUGGGAGGGCGGCGGCCAGGGGCAGCCCGCUGCCUCCCGCGCGACGCACAAAGCCAACUCCGUGGUGGUGGUGACGAUCGUCGACACCGACGAAGAGGACGCCUCGAGCUGCGCCGCGUCGUGCAGCCCGCGGGAGCCAGAGCGGAGCACUCCGGAACACUCCAUCAGCGAAGUCACCGUUAUUUCCGUUCAAACGUCGCCGGCGCAUCUUGAGUACAGCUUGACGCACCCGCUGGUGUCCAAUUCCAGCAACAGCUGCGAGUCCAUUGAUUCUAUGGAAUCCAGCGAAAUGACGAGCGAGAAUAUUUCACAGGACGGGGAAAAUUUAUUUUUCGAUCGUAAUGUUGACGUCAGCAGUUCCCAAGAUAAUUACAAUCACGAUCGCGCUACUGAAGAUCAAGAGGAUCUGCAAACCAACCCAUUUAUAUACAAAAUAAACCACCCCCUGGGAGUAAAAAAUUACGUCAUCAAGCUCAAGGAACACGCGGCGAGAGGUAGACUUUUUAGAAACAAUGACGUAGAACGCGUGACAGUUAAUACAACCCAGAAUGUGUGUAAUUACGAAGAAGUCAGAAGUUUGUUGACCAGCUACGGUGUGAUCAGUCCAAUCGAUUACUCGAGGAAAGGUUCCGGGGAUGAGUUGGCCAGCAAAGAGGACUGUGAAAAUCAAACCAUGAUCGUCGAUGUCAGUGAUGUUGAAAUGGAGGAAGAGGAACCAAUCUACGGAGCCCAAGAAAUCAGACUUGAUACCGAAGCAAAUGAAACAAGUGUAGGUUGCAUUGACCCCGAAAUGGAAGAUUGUAAUGACAGUGUUGUGAGAAUUGAAUCUUCUUCUAAUUAUCAAACGAGAGAGGAGAUGGCAGAAAAAGACACCGAACCUUUGAAAAGGAGGUCAAAGAGAAUAAAUAAACUAAACGGGGAGAAGAAGCAGAAGUGCUCCGAGGCAGGCCCUGCGCGCACGCGCGUGCACCAACCCGCUGGGGGCGGCGUCCGAGAAGCCGCGCGGCGGGGCGGGGCCGUGGCGGGGGCGGGCGCGCGGCGCGGGCCGUGGCGACGCGCGCCGCUCGCGCCACCUGCUUCUCCCCAAAUACGAGCAGAAACCUGGCCGUAUCCAACUGCAAACAAAAGUGUACAGGAUAUUUACAUUGAAUCUCGACUUUACAAGUUCUUCGACAAUGAAAUGUCAAAAAUAUUUUUGAAGAAUGGAACGUCUCGCUACUCCAAUAGCAAAUUCAGAGAAUACAUGGCAACAUUACGAUCAAGUCAAACAUCGCAGACAAACCUCAUGAAUUAUUUUUAUCCUCAAGGUUCUUUAUUAGAAUCUUUACAAAAUUGUUUACAGAAAGGGGAAGAAAUACUUACUUUUUCAUCUCAAGGACAGGGAAGUGUUUUUACUGCUAAAAAUGCAAACAAUGUGUGUAAGUCAUCAAAAAGCACAAUCGCGUCUGGAGAAGUUCAUAAUCAACCGUGUAACACUCGGGUGGCACACAUUUCUCCAGAAUGCAAUAGCAAUAUGUUACAACAUUCAUCUUCACUUAAUGAAAGAAAAUGUGAAGUACUGGAGAAACUUUCAAAAUUUAUUGAAGAGAAUUGUAUGGACUUACAUGAAAGUAAUUCUUUUAGUACCCAUGGGACGCCAGUUAUGGAUCAAAAUCAACGAAAAUUCGAAGUAACUUCCGUAAACCAGUGGAAUCGCUCCAGUAGUAACUUGUAUGGAAAAGCUCCUAAAGCUCCUUUGAAUGGAUUAGACAGUCUGGAUAACAAGGAUAACGAGAGUGUACCCGCCACAACAAAUGUUUACUUCAAAAGCAACUCUCUGUAUAGAAGCCAUGUCAUUGAUUCUAGGACCAUUCUAGACUCGCUCUGCUGUGUUCUCUACUCCAUUGCAAGAGAUUACUGUAAAAUAAACAAUCUCAAGACUGAUGAACUCGUGAAUUACAUUAACAGCCUUACUCCGCAAUUGUUGAUGGAGUGGAUAGAAAAGAAUAUAGAGUAUGAAAGUGAAAGGCUGUAGUAAAUGUAUAUAAAUAUAAAACAUGAACUUUCUAUAAAUGCUGUUAUAUUAAUGAAUUGGUGUGUAUUGCUACUUUUUGAAGAAAGUUAUAUAUAACAAAGCUCUAGUAAAUAAGUAUUUUUAGAGGAGAUAAAAUGAUGUGAUUGUCAUUAUUCAAAAUAAUAUUUUAUUACACAUCAUUUAUUAAGGUUCAUAUAAAGUGUAAUAAUAACAAGAGUCAUGAUACUAUGUAAAACUAUUUACUCUUAUUUAUAUAAAUGUUUUUGCUUGUGUAAUUUGAGUGUGUAUGUAUUUAUUACAUGCCAUUAGUACAUUAGUACUGGUGUUUCAGUGGAUGGUUGAUUUUUCACAUUUUAUUUAUCAAUAGAUAAUCUCAGAAUAUACAAACAUUGUAAAUAAACACCUUCAAAGAUUAAAUCUUAAAUCUUUUUUGUAUAGUAUUAAAAGUGAUUUCAAUUAUUUCUGGUGAAUACUUAUAAUUUAGAUCAACACUGCCAACGAUAAUUACUACAGUUAACUGUCACGAACGUGAAAAAGUUCCUUUGUCCCCACUUUUAGACUAAUUUUGAGACACAAUUGUGUUUCUAAAACAGGUGUUCAAGCGCAAGGGAACACCUCGAGGGGUCAAGCAAAGGAGUUUCGUCAGUAAAUGCGAUAUAGGCAGCUUUGCACCGGGAUAUGUGCCUGGCCACCUGCGAGUUCGGUUAAUUCUAUUGCCCCUCCUUGUAAGCGUCUUAUCUGUCGUCAUAUAUCACUGUAGUUUUAAACCAAAUUGUUGGAUUUGUAAAGCCCUUCCGACAUGUUCAUAACAUUCUUUCGUGCGAACAUUAAAAACAUUGCCGCGAUCGUAAAGUAGUGCAGUGAAAAGUUGGUAAUGAAAAAAAGAGCAAACGAUGUUGGCUUUGGAAGAACAAAUAUUGGGCUCCUGCCUGCCAUACUACUGAGGCCAUCCGUACCUGCAUCUAUCAUGCAACUGCAAGAAGAGGUGCAUGAGAAAUUAGUUGUAGGAAGGCACGACUCUUUUGUUCAAAGUUAUGUCUUAAUUGUUGGCACACCUGCAGUAAUGUGAGGACAAUUCUUGGUAACCAUGAGAACAAAAAUAUUGAACCAGAGGUACCUGAAUGUCUUAAGACAUCAGUUUUGCAUUCCGAAGAAAACACCAAUGAUCUACUAGAAGAUACUGAAACAUCCGCUUUGCGGCCCUCUGAAUUCAAACCAUCAUCCUUAAAGCGACC